GAUCACCUUGAGUGAUGCCAAAGAAGUUCCAAGGGGAAAACACCAAGUCGGCUGCUGCCCGCGCAAGGAAGGCUGAGGCAAAGGCAGCAGCCGAUGCCAAACGGCAGCAAGAGCUGGAAGAUGCCUACUGGAAGGAUGAAGACAAACACGUGAUGAGGAAGGAACAGAGGAAGGAAGGGGGGGAGAAGCGGCGCCUGGAGCAGCUGGAGCGCAAGAAGGAGCUGCAGCGCCUGCUGGAGGAGGAAGACUCAAAGCUGAAGGGGAAGUCACCCAAGCAGGUCACUCCAGGCAAAGUCACCAGGGCCCAGAUCGAGGAGACAAUCAGGAAAGACCAGCAGCAGAAGGAGAAUGCAGAGACAGUGGAGAAGGAGAAGACUCACUUGGAGGUCCCCUUGGAAGAGAACGUCAACAGAAGGGUGCUGGAGGAAGGAUCAGUGGAGGCCAGGACGAUCGAAGAUGCCAUUGCUGUCCUCAGUGUUGCCAAUGACCUGGACCGGCACCCGGAGCGCCGGAUGAAAGCCGCCUUCACCGCCUUCGAGGAGCUCAACCUGCCGCGCCUGAAGCAGGAGAACCCCAACAUGCGCCUGUCCCAGCUCAAGCAGCUCCUCAAGAAGGAGUGGAUGAAGUCUCCAGAAAACCCCAUGAACCAGCGGCACAAGGCUUACAACAGCCAAAAGUAGAACUAGAGCUGAGCAAUCACCCCCUCCACGGACAGUGGGCUGGAGCCCCCAGGGCUCUGCUCCAAGGAGAACAGGAGACACAAGGAACCUCCUCUCCU